AUGACGAGCCCUGUCCUAGAAUCGGUGGAAAGCUUCGAUGUUGCAUACGAGUUUACCGCGACGACUUUCAAAAAAACAUCUCGACUUCCCCAUCCGCCAGAGACGCUACCGGACGGUAGAAUCUUCAUAUGGUUUCGGUCAUGGAAUCACGAGCGCAUUACAAACGAGGCCAAGGCUUUGGAGUUUGUUGCCAAGAACACGACGAUUCCUGUGCCGCGUCUGAUUGAGCAUGGAAUACACCCAGACGGCCGCAGAUAUCUGAUUACAGAGCGACUUGAUGGCAUCAUGCUACACGACAUGGAAGAGCAGGGCUGCUUGCGGCCGAAAGCCCAACAGCAUACAGAGGACAAAGUGUGCAAGACGUGUGUUGAUCAGGCUUACUCAAGCGCUCUUGCCUUCAUCACAGACGUUUUCUUACCUCAACUCUCCAAGCUAAAGUCCAGAGAGAGGGGUCUAGAUGGCUUUGUGAUGCCACCUCGUUGGUUGUCCAUUGACACACAACCCCCGUGGAAGGGCAACAAGGCGGCGUUUCAAACUCUGCCUCGCAAGACGGCCGAGUAUAUUUUUCAGCAUGGCGACUUGGCGGCGCACAACAUCAUGAUGGAUAUGGAGACGCUGCAGGUCAAGGCGGUGCUUGACUGGGAGUAUGCUGGGUUUUACCCAGCUGGCAUGAACAGGUGGUCCGGAACAUUGGACAUGGAGGCUUACCGCAACCUCUGCGUUGAUUUGGGUCCUGCUAUAGCAGAGUUUCUCGCGGAAGAAUACCUGGAGUGCUACGAAACCUGGCCUGACAAGAAGCAGCUCGAACGUCUGGUGAGAGAUGGAGAGAUUCCCGACCCGGUCAAGCUAAAGAAGAAGCUUGGUUCUUGCUAA